AUGAUGCUUUCAGUGGUCGUUGCGAUCCUUGUCUGCCUUGUAGGCUACAUUUACCGAUCACUGAAGCCUCCACCGCCGCGAGUCUGCGGCGUUCCUAACGGUCCUCCUAUUACUUCUCCGAGAGUCAAGCUCAGUGAUGGAAGAUAUCUUGCUUAUAGAGAAUCUGGCGUUGAUAGAGCCAAUGCUAACUACAAGAUCAUCGUUGUUCAUGGAUUUAACAACUCCAAAGACAUGGAAUUUCCCAUCUCUAAGGAUCUUAUUGAGGAACUAGGGAUAUACUUUUUGUUUUUCGAUAGAGCAGGAUAUGGAGAAAGUGAUCCACACCCUUCACGCACAGUCAAAAGCGAAGCAUAUGACAUUCAAGAACUCGCUGAUAAACUCAAGAUAGGACCAAAGUUCUACGUUAUAGGGUUAUCAGUCGGUGCGUACUCGGUUUAUAGCUGCCUCAAAUACAUUCCCCACAGAUUAGCUGGUGCAGUUUUAGUGGUUCCAUUUGUCAGCUAUUGGUGGACUAAAGUGCCUCAGGACAUACUGAGUAAAGCGUUCAAGCUAUUACCCGAAGAUAUCCGGUGGACGUUUAGAGUGGCACAUUAUGUUCCUUGGCUCUUGUAUUGGUGGUUGACUCAAAAAUGGUUUCCGUCUUCGAGUAUAAUCUCUGGGAACAGUGCGUUAUUCAGCGACACAGACUUGGUCAUCAUAAAGAAGAUGUUGGAGAAUCCUAGUCCUCACAUGGAAAAAGUUCGGCAACAAGGAGACCAUGAAUGUCUUCACCGAGACAUAAUCGCUGGAUUUGCGACAUGGGAGUUCGACCCGACUGAACUGGAAAACCCGUUUACUGAAGGUGGAGGAUCAGUCCACAUGUGGCAAGGUACCGAAGAUAGAUUUGUUCCACGCGAAAUUAACGAAUAUAUAUCAAAGAAGCUUCCAUGGAUUAAGUACCACGAAGUCCAAGGUUAUGGACAUCUUCUAAGUGCCGAGGAGAAUAAAUGUGAAGAGAUUAUUAAGGCGCUUCUUGUCGAUAAGCUCCAGAGUGAAGCCGUGAAAGAAGGCAUCUCCGCCAUUUUCACUCACUGCAAAGAGACUAAGCCUCGCAAGUUCACCGAGACUAUUGAACUCCAGAUUGGUCUUAAGAACUAUGACCCUCAAAAGGACAAGAGGUUUAGCGGUUCUGUCAAAUUGCCUCACAUUCCUAGGCCUAAGAUGAAGAUUUGUAUGCUCGGUGACGCCCAGCACGUUGAAGAGGCUGAGAAGAUUGGGUUAGAGUCUAUGGAUGUGGAAGCUCUUAAGAAGCUGAACAAGAACAAGAAGCUUGUUAAGAAGCUAGCUAAGAAGUUCCAUGCUUUCCUUGCUUCUGAAUCAGUCAUCAAGCAGAUCCCACGUCUCCUUGGUCCUGGUCUCAACAAGGCAGGUAAGUUCCCAACUCUUGUGAGCCACCAAGAGUCUUUGGAAGCCAAAGUGAAUGAGACAAAGGCAACAGUGAAGUUCCAACUCAAGAAGGUUCUUUGCAUGGGUGUCGCUGUUGGAAACCUUGGCAUGGAAGAGAAGCAGGUCUUCCAGAAUGUUCAGAUGAGCGUUAACUUCCUUGUUUCCCUCUUGAAGAAAAACUGGCAAAAUGUGAGGUGCUUGUACUUGAAGAGCACAAUGAGUCCACCCACCAGGGUUUUCUAA